GCGCGCAGCCUCCGCUCGUUCUCCCCGAGAGCUGCACCCGGACCCGGCACCUCGCCGAGGUCGCCCUUCCCGAGCUCUGGCGGCGCCCCCAUCCCGCUCUCCCCGGCUGCAGCCUCCAGCUCGGCACCCCCUCUGCGCCUCUGCCGCGCCCCUCGCGGACCCGCCCCCUCCGUCCUCCUGGUGCGCGCAGUCGCUGCCCGUGCGCCCUGCCUCCUUGCGCGCCCCGGGCGAGCAACGAUGGGGAAGCCGAACCCAAUUCUCCGCCGCCGGCUUCCCGGCCCGCGUUGCUUACUGCCCGCCAGCCCGUGACGCCGCGGUGCUGGCCGAGACACAAAGACCGUGGCUGGGGCCGCCGGGGGGCCGAGGCCUCGUCCGGGGGCCGCUGCGAGUCUGAGCGCCAUGCGAGCCAGUGCCAGCUGCCCGCUGCCCAGGAGGAGCCCGAGCGCCCGCCUCCUCCGGCUUGCGCUGGCCGGAGCUCUGGCUGCAUCCUGGUGGGCGCCGCUCAAGUGAGGGCAGAGCCCGACCCGGAGCGGCCAAGGCCACAACCGCUCCAGCCCCCGGGGUGCAGCCGGGAGCUCGGACCCCGGGUUUCUCUGGAGGCGGGGACUGGCGGGCUCCUGAGCCUUCCCGAGGCGCGGUAUUGGAGGCCGUGAGGACCACAGCCGGAACGGAGCGGGAACCGCGCGGAGCAGCGUGGACCCGGCGGCCGGGAAGCCUUGGAGAACUGACUCGAAGGGUUAGUAUCAUCAGUGAGCCUUUGACACUCUAAAUCAUGGAGACCAGUCAGGACACUUCCCUCUUCUUGGUGAAGAUCUUAGAGGAGCUGGACAGCAAACAAAAUACAGUUUCCUACCAGGACCUGUGCAAAUCCCUGUGCGCCCGCUUUGACCUGUCCCAGCUCGCCAAACUGAGAAGCGUGCUCUUCUACACGGCUUGCCUCGACCCCAAUUUCCCAGCCACGUUGUUCAAAGACAAGAUGAAAUGCACCGUCAACAACCAGCAAUCGAAGAAGAUCAUGGUGGCGGCAGAUAUCGUGACGAUAUUCAACCUGAUCCAGAUGAAUGGGGGCGCCGCCAAGGAGAAGCUGCCCAGCGGCCGGCAGAAGGCGCGCAAGAAGGAGGCGUCCUUUGACUCGUGCCGCUCGGACACGGAGAUCUGCGGCGCCGCCGAGUGUGAGGCCCUGGACUGCGAAAUGAACGACAGGCCCUUCAGCCGGGGCUACCCGCCCCGCCAGUCGUCCAAGUGCCGGAAGAUGGACUGCAAGGACUGCCCGCAGUUCGUACCUGCCUCCGAGCCCAACUUCCUGCUGGGGGUGAGCAAAGAGGGGAAGCACCGGGCGGCUUCCCUGGACAGGCUGCAGGCUCUGGCCCCGUACUCGGUGGCCAGCCCUCAGCCGUGCGAGAUGCAGAGAACGUACUUCCCCAUGAACAUCGAGAACGAAUCCAUGUCCGAUCAGGACUCCCUGCCCCUCGCCCAGGGCAUCAAGGAGACUUUCAUUGCUAACGAGGAGCCCUUCGUGGUCCAGUCCUGUGUCCAGAAAAGGAACAUCUUCAAAGAGGAUUUUCACAACCUGAUGGCCGUGUCCCCGGGGUUGGCCGGCCCCGCUACCAAGGCAGAGGGCGAGCACGGGGAACCCCAGGGCCGCAAGGAGGCCCACAAAACGCCCUUCCCUAAUCACAGCUUCGAGAUGCCCUACAACAGCCAGUACCUGAAUCCUGUGUACUCCCCUGUUCCUGACAAGAGGCGGGCAAAGCACGAAAGCUUAGAUGACCUUCAAGCCUCCACGUAUUUUGGACCCACUCCAGUGAUGGGGACCCAAGAGGCCAGGCGCUGUCCAGGAAGGCCCAGCAAGCAGACUCCCUGGCCGGCUAAAAGCUGGAGCCUAAACACGGAAGAAGUCCCUGACUUUGAACGGUCCUUCUUCAAUAGGAAUCCCUCCGAGGAGAAGCUCCGCUAUCCAAAUUCCAGCAGCCAGACCCCCAGUUUCCCAACCCCAGACAGGCGCCCAGCUUACCUCACGCCACAGGACCAACAGCCAAUUCUCCCUGUCGGCUAUGCGGCCAAACCAAACGGACUCAAGUCUAAAGAGAUCUCGUCCCCCGUUGACCUGGAGAAGCAUGAACCGGUCAAAAAGUUUAAAGACAAGAGCAUUAGCUGUACCAGCGGACAGCUCAGCUCAGACACCAGUAGCGUGGGCACCCAGACCGAGCAGCAUGUGCUGGAGCCCAAGAAAUGCAAGGACUUGUGCGCCUCCGGGCAGGGCAAGUUCAGCGACAGGCACACCAUGAAGCAGUCAGAUGACGAUUCAGAAGUCGUCAGCGAUGACAUCAGCGACAUUUUCCGGUUUCUCGAUGACAUGAGCAUCAGUGGCUCGACGGGAGUGAUACAGUCAUCCUGCUACAACAGCACAGGGUCCUUGUCUCAGCUUCACAAGUCGGACUGUGACAGUUCACCAGAGCACAACCGAGCCAAAAUCGCCAACGGGCUCCCCAGCAGCAAAGGAGAAAAGGGCAACCGGCCUGAAAAUGGCCACCACUCAGAAGAGGAGUUGAAGACCAGUGUGUGCAAACUGGUGCUCAGGAUUGGCGAAAUUGAACGGAAGCUCGAAUCGCUCUCUGGUGUCCGCGAGGAAAUCUCCCAGGUCCUGGGCAAGCUCAAUAAAUUGGAUCAGAAAAUGCAGCAGCCUGAGAAGGUGAGUGUGCAGAUAGAUCUGAAUUCCUUGACCAGCGAGGCUCCCUCCGAUGAGAGCGCCUCUCCUCGGAUGUUCCGGGCACACAAUGGCCCCCACGGACCCAAACUGGAGAACAGUGCCGACUGGUGCUGCUCGGAUGCCAGCGGAAGCAACAGUGAAAGCCUUCGUGUCCAGGCCUUAAAAAAAAGCCUCUUCACCAGGCCCUCCUCCAGGUCCCUGACGGAGGAGAACAGUGCCACGGAAUCCAAAAUCGCCAGCAUCUCCAACUCGCCCAGGGACUGGCGCACCAUCACGUACCCCAACCGUGUGGGCGUCGGCGAGGAGGAGAUCAAGGACAGAGGCCCCGGAGACAGUACGGACUGGCAUCGAAAAUCUAAAGAGGCAGACAGGCAGUACGACCUCCCCCCACAGCACCGGCUGCCCAAGCAGCCCCAAGACGGCUUCCUGGUGGAGCAGGUGUUCAGCCCACACCCCUACCCCGCCUCCCUCAAGGCCCACAUGAAGAACAACCCCCUGUACACGGACAUGCGGCUGACGGAGCUGGCAGAGGUGAAGCGGGGCCAGCCUUCCUGGACCAUCGAGGAGUACGCACGCAAUGCCGGUGACAAGGGCAAGCUGACGGCUUUGGACCUGCAGACGCAAGAAUCUUUAAACCCAAACAACUUAGAAUAUUGGAUGGAAGAUAUUUACACGCCAGGCUACGACUCAUUACUAAAACGUAAAGAAGCCGAGUUCAGACGAGCCAAGGUCUGCAAGAUAGCUGCUCUGAUCGCUGCGGCCGCGUGUACGGUCAUUCUUGUCAUCGUUGUGCCCAUCUGCACCAUGAAAUCGUGAGCCCAGGGACUCAAUGUUGUGGACGGCUGGUGACGCCCGAUGUCUCCCUCUGUAGUUUAAGACCAUGCAGCGGUCUGGCCACAGGCUGGGGGGAGAGAGAUGAAAUCGUGGAGGCUUUUCUGCACCUGCUGACCAUGGUCUUCAGAAAGUAUAUAUUCGAGAGAGAUCUACCUUACCUGUUAGCUUUGAUUUAAUCACACACGGAUGAAUUUUAAGAAGUGCAAUAUCUUUUCCUACCAGAAGAAUGUAAUGGACUACCAGUAGAUACACACUGAAUUCCAAGCAAAAAAGUAAAAAUAGAGAGAGAGAGAGAAGAAAGAUUAAUUGGUUGGAUUCUUUCCAUUUUGAUGAAAUUUCAUGGCGGGGGAUAUGGUAUAGAGGAAAUAUUUAAUACAUGCCUCUUUGAGGGAAGCUAAGGGAGAUAAGAUCCCUUAAGGGAUCUCAUCUCCUUAAUGUCGUUGACCAUUGCAGGUGAAGUAACAGGGUGUGUAUUCAGAAAGGGGGUUACUUCUCUGCUGACUUUUAUCAAGGGCUACCGACUUUUCAUUCUUGCCCUUCUGUCAUCAUUAUGAUCUUCGUGGCAGAUCUUCAUGGAGACAUUCUGGACCUUCUUCCUUGGGCCCAGGGUAGGAAGGUGCCAAUCAGGCUUGACAUGAGGUGUGCUCUCUGCUUAAUAGGCCAAGGUAUUGAGGUCAGGAGACCUUCCUGUGCCCACUCCACAGGGUGGGAGAGCUGCUUGCUAGCCAUGUCCAAUCUAUAUCUGAAAAUCAUGGCAUCCCAAAGCAUCAUCCAGUCUUGGUUUGGUGUGUGGUCCCUCCCCCUAAGCUUUGCCUCCUGGUGGCACCAGAUAUGCGGCUUCUCACACUUGGGUUGAAGAAUAUGGAACUUGUCCUUGUGCCUUGAAGAGUAGAGACAAUGGCUAAACUUUGACCUUCGAACUCUAAACCAUGGUUUCCAUGCACCACUGAUACCAGCCAUUUCAGUGGCUUUAAAGGGAUUUUUGAAAGCUUGUCAAUAAUAUGAUAAAGGCACUGAUGUGUACUCAACUACCCCAACACCUACUCCAGAGUUUUGAAUACUUGUCAGCAGUGCAAAAAAACUAUUAUCUAUUUAACCGUCUAUCUAUCUGUAUGUCUAUCUAAAUACUUUGGGUUUAUUGUCUUCUCUGUUGACCAACCUGAGAGCAAGGUUUCUCUAGUGUAAGGAAGCCAUUGUAAUUUCAUUAGAAUUUGAUCUCAGUUUCCCCCUGUUGAAUGGUGCUUUGACACGACUGGACAGACAGACUCCUUUUCAACAUUUGAUUCUAAUGUCUUGUUGCAGAUUAAAAAGAACCGAUUGACAGCAACUAGCUACCUGAAUUCUUCUGAGAAUAAGGUGGGAUAAAAAUAAAUGUUCGUAGUAAGAAUAAGCACUCUGGAUAAUAUAAUAAAUUUCAGAAAGAGAGGUUUGGGAAGCAUCUCUGAUUUUAAAGCAAUAGGCGUUCAGCAUCCAUCCUAAAAACUUCCACUAAUGCUUAGCUUGCUGUGUCUAAUGCUACUGUUGCCCAUAAAGGGUAAUCAGAACAUUUCAUGUUGUUGACAUGUAAGGGGUGGAUGCUUUCAUCUGUAGUGAACCUUCAUUUGUACAGAUCUUCAUGUAAUCUAUUUCUAGUCUCAUGUUUAUGUCUGCAUUUUCAACCAAGUGACUGCAACUUAAGCCUUAGUAUGGAAAACUGAAGAUUUAUAAUUGAAAAUGAAAAAAAUAUAUAUAUAUAACCAUCUAUUGUCAGAAUUUUAGUCUCUUGGUGCUCUGUUUGGGUUGGGCACAUUAAAUAAGAUUAUUUCUUUCACCCCAAAGGGGAUUGACUGGUAUGGCUCUGGAACACGUCCCAGUCCCCCCACUCUCCCCUUGAUCACAGAUUAAGUAAGCCACAAGAGCAUCAGAGAGAGGUAGUUCCCAGCCUCUUGCUCUAUAAUUUGCAGAGACCAUGGAGAUGCAGUUACCCAGCAUAAGAAAAAUUUGUCCAAUCCCAAUCUGACUGCUUUAUUUGCCAGGUGGGAUCAUGGUGGAUGGACCAAACCACUCUCACCACUGCCCUUGGGUGAAUCUAUUCCUAAUGGGCCCUGCUUGGGCCACGUGCCUCUGCUACCUAGAGAGGGUGUGGCUGUCAGCCCCACCCCAUGCAAAGAAGUGAAGGGACUCUGUAGGAUUUUCUUCUACUCUUUUCAUAUCUGGAGAGGUAGUUGAAGAAAUUUAGUCUUGCUCUGAGUCCAGUGUAGCUUCAGAAUUCAGCUCCACAUCAUUGUCACAUAAAGGAAACAUCCAAACCUGAUAAUACCCCUGGGCAACCAGACAGUGAAGACCCCAAGGCAAGGUGGCUUCCUCUGGAAAGGGGUUACCCUUAGCCUGGUCGCUCUGAGUCUGGUGUUGGCUUGAAGGGAAUGGAUGCUUGGAGUCUUGGGAUCGAGAUAAGGUGAAGUUCACAAUUGGGUCCUUUCUCUCUGUUGACCCCAAGCUUGUUACACUUUCUUUCCCUGGACCCUAGACUCCUCAGUUCUUCCAUCCCUCUAUUUGCAGAAGGUGGCAAGACCAGAGUCUGACUGGGAAGGAACUUCUACCAUUCCCUCUAAAAUUUGCCUCUCAUCUCCUGCUGCUGUGAGCUCCCAGCAGGUUACAUAGGGACUGGCCUAUUUUCUGUACUGGGUGCCAAGUUCUACCACACUCUCUGGCAUUUCCACCCGAAGUAUAAUUUCUUGUGCCUAAACCUAAAAUCACUCCACUAUCAGAAUUCACUUCAUUUCUCUUGCAUUUAAACAAUGAACAAGCAGAUGUUAUUAAGGGAUUAUUUUGAGCUUAAGUAUCUUUCGCCAAUAAUUAAAAUUGGAAUCAUUUCAUCCUCAUUCUUAGUCUGAAUUUGCUUUGAACACAGCCUUGCAGAAAAGC